AUGCCUGCCAGCAACGCCCCCGCUUUCGACAAUGACACCAUCAUCGUAGUCCUUGGUGCUUCGGGUGAUCUUGCAAAGAAGAAGACCUUCCCCGCCCUCUUCAACCUCUUCCGUCUCGGUCUGCUUCCCAAAACCACCCACAUCAUCGGCUAUGCACGAACAAAGAUGGACAAGGACGCCUUUGCCGAAAAGGUCACCGGCCACCUCAAGAAUGUUGACGAUGAGCAGGGUAAGCAGGAUGUCAAGAAGUUCCUCGAGAUUUGCCAGUACAUCUCGGGUCAGUACGACGAAGACGAGUCGUUCCAGAACCUCAACAAGGAGAUGGAGCGCAUCGAAUCCGAGAUGAAGCACGACCACCCCAGCCGUCUCUUCUACAUGGCGCUGCCCCCCAACGUCUUUACCGUCGUUGCAAAGGGUCUCAAGAAGAACUGCUACUCAGAAAAGGGCAACAACCGCAUCGUCAUUGAAAAGCCCUUCGGCAAGGACCUCGAGAGCAGCCGAGAGAUGAUUGGCGCGCUCAAGGGUCUCUGGAAGGAAGAGGAGACCUUCCGUAUUGACCACUACCUCGGCAAGGAGAUGGUCAAGAACCUGCUCAUCAUGCGAUUCGGCAACCCCUUCAUCGACGCCAGUCUCAACAACAAGCUCGUCGACAAUGUGCAGAUCACCUUCAAGGAGCCUUUCGGUACCGAGGGACGAGGCGGCUACUUUGACGAAUUCGGUAUCAUCCGUGACAUUCAGCAGAACCACUUGUCGCAGGUUCUGUCGCUGCUGGCCAUGGAGCGACCCAAGUCGUUCUCGGCAGAGGACAUCCGUGAUGAGAAGGUCAAGGUGCUCAAGUCGGUUCCGGCUAUCGAGGAGAAGGAUGUUCUCAUCGGCCAGUACACUGCCGGCAACGGCAAGCCCGGUUACAAGGACGACGACACCGUUCCCAAGGAUAGCAACUGCCCCACCUUUGCCGCCUUGGCGCUGCACGUCAACAAUGACCGAUGGAAGGGCGUUCCCUUCAUCCUCAAGGCGGGCAAGGCGCUUGAUGAGGCAAAGGUGGUGAUCCGCGUCCAAUUCAAGGACACCCCCGAGGGCUUGUUCAACAACAUUGACCGCAACGAGCUCGUGAUUCGCAUCCAGCCAGAUGAGGCAGCUUACCUCAAGAUCAACGCCAAGAAGCCCGGUCUCGAGAUGGCUACGCUGCCCGCUGACUUGGACCUGACCUACAAGGAGCGCUUCUCCGAGGUGCGCAUUCCCGAGGCGUACGAGGCGCUCAUCCUGGACGCGCUCAACGGCGACCACUCCAACUUUGUGCGAGACGACGAGCUCGACGUUUCGUGGGCCAUCUUCACACCUCUGCUGCACGCCAUUGACGAAGGCAAGAUCAAGAACGAACCCUACGAGUACGGCAGCCGCGGUCCCGCUUCGCUCAACGACUUUAUCGCUCGCUACGGCUACAAGCGCACCAACGAGUCGUACGAAUGGCCCACCACCAACGUCAAGAAGGUGCAAGGAAAGAUGUGA